AUGAACAGACAAGUCUGCAAGAAAUCCAUCAGUGGAGGGAGCCAGGGCUUCUCCGUCUGCUCUGCCGUGGUCCCCUGCAGCAGCAGCAGGAUGAGCUGUGUGGCCUGCUCUGGAGGAGCUGGCACAGGGGUCUGUGGGUCCCGGAGCAGAGCAGGCAGCUUUGGCAGUCACAGCCUCUACAACCUGGGUGGCAAUAAGAGCAUCUCCAUCAGCGUGGCCGGCUCCCGGGCUGGUGGCUUUGGGGGAGGGCGCAGCAGCUGCAUCAGUGGCUAUGGAGGUGGUUAUAGAGGUGGUUAUGGGGGUGGCAUUUAUGGAGUCAGAGGAAUGGGCAGUGGUUAUGGAGGGGUUGGUGGCUUUGGAGGGACUAGUAGCUUUGGUGGGCCUGGUAGCUAUGGCUCUAGUGUCUGCCCUGGGGGAAUCCAGGAAGUGACCAUCAACCAGAGCCUCCUGCCGCCCCUCAAUGUGGAGAUCGAUCCCCAGAUUGGGCAAGUAAAGGCCCAGGAGAGGGAGCAGAUCAAGAUCCUCAACAACAAGUUCGCCUCCUUCAUCGACAAGGUGCGGGUCCUGGAACAGCAGAACAAGGUCCUGGAAACCAAGUGGGACCUGCUCCAGCAGUGGACCGUGGGCUUGGGCUCCAGCUUGGGCUCUGGAGGCCUGGAGCCUUUAUUUGAAAGCUACAUCAACUGCCUGCGCAGGCAGCUGGAUUCGGCUCUGGCGGAGAAGGGGAAUCUGGAAGGAGAGCUAAGGAACAUGCAGGACCUGGUGGAAGACUUCAGAAAGAAGUAUGAAGAUGAGAUCAACAAGCGUACUGCUGCAGAGAAUGAGUUUGUGGGGCUCAAGAAGGACGUGGAUGCAGCCUUCAUGAACAAGGUGGAGCUUCAGGCCAAGGUGGACGGCCUGACAGAUGAACUCAACUUCCUGAGGACCCUCUAUGAGACGGAACUGACCCAGAUGCAGAAUCACCUUAAUGACAUGUCCGUGGUCCUGUCCAUGGACAACAACCGCUGCCUGGACCUGGACAGCAUCAUCAAUGAGGUCAAGGCCCAGUACGAGGACAUCGCCCAGAAGAGCAAGGCCGAGGCCGAGGCCCUUUUGCAAAGUCGUGAUGAUGGGUUUCUCUUCUGUCAGCUUGGAGAGCUGGAGAACAAGGCUGGAAGGCAUGGGGAUGACCUGAAGAACACCAAGAACGAGAUCAUGGAGCUCAACCGGAUGAUCCCGAGGCUGCGGGCUGAGAUUGAGAAUGUCAAGAAGCAGAAUGCCAACCUGCAGAACGCUAUUGCUGAUGCUGAGCAGCGUGGGGAGCUGGCCCUCAAGGAUGUCAACGCCAAGAUCCAAGAACUGCAGGACGCCCUUCAGCAAGCCAAGGAUGACCUGGCCCGGCUGGUGCGUGACUACCAGGAGUUGAUGAAUAUCAAACUGGCCUUGGAUGUGGAGAUCGCUACCUACCACAAGCUGCUGGAGAGUGAGGAGUGCAGAAUGUCUGGAGAGUGUCAGAGUGCUGUGUGCAUUUCGGUGCUCAGCAACGUCACCAGCACAGGCACCAGCCCUGGUGGAGGCCGUGGGGGAUUUGGAGGGGUCACUGGUGGCAGUGGCAGUGGCAGUGGCUACAGAGGCGGCGGCGGCAGCUACAGAGGAGUCAGCGGCGGCAGCGGUGGGGGCAGAGGCAGCGGCGGGGGCUCCCAGGCCUGCAGCAAUGGGAGCAGCAGCUCUGUGAACCAGAGCUGCAUCCAGAGCUCAGAAAGCACUGGCUACAGGUCUGGCGGUGGGGGCGGCACCACCCUCUGCUUCACUCAGACCACCAGCUCAAACCAGCUUUGCAAGUGAUCCUUUGUGGGGGGGGGUGUGCCCAAUCUCCACGCCCACUGGUUUCCCCUCAGCUUGGGACAGCACUUCUCCCCUCUCUGCUUGGCAUGGACAAAUGCCAACCCCAACCUUGCUUUCCCUCAAGCUCCUGGGAGAAGCGGUUGAACUUCCUGGCUCCUCCAUCCCUAAGACCUCUCCUAGGCCUGGAAGGUCCAGCUGCUAGUCUGGGAUGAUGAUGCCCUAGAUGCACCCUUGUAAAGGCCCCUGACUUUGGACAGCAACACCUCAGCCCAGACAAGUGUGGGGCUUCCCAGCCUGGCCUGUUCCUGCCCUGGCCCAUCUCUCUUGGGAGUUGAUGGUCCGAGGCUGGAAUGUUUCAGCCCCUGCCUGAGGAGGGCAGGGCAGUGGGGCUGCUGCUAGAGGGUAAAUGGUUGAGAUCUCUGGACUGUUGGUUCUCAGGGUUCCCACCCCACAUCUGGGACAUCAUAUCCUGACUCACCUCUGGCACCUUAAUUCCCUGAACUGUGGAUUCUCUGCUGAUGGUUGUUUUACCUUCUUUUCCCAAUAAAUUGCACUGUAUUUCAUAUUCUGGUAUUUGGCUUUCAAGGAGUCACAGAAUAAAUCAAGGUCCAAGAAUAGAUGGAAAUCAGGUAUGGAUGGCGAUCUCCUAGGUUAGUAGUGGGUGUAACACUGCAUAGUCUUGGCUUCUCCUCUAUCCAUUUGGUUGUGUUCUUGUGAUAGGACUGGUCAAGAGUAUGUUGCUUCAGUGGGGACUGCCCACUCCCAAGGAGGCCUUCCCACCCACCCUUUUGUCCCCACUGGGCCUCUGAGACCCAGUCUUGGUAAAGGAAUGUUUUGCAGUUCAUCGAUGUAAUAGAUUCCAGUGGGAUUUGGUUCUUUCCAGGUAAGAGGCAAGGGUUUCCCUGGUGGUUCAGAUGGUAAAGAAUCAGCCUGCAA